AUGGCAGAGUAUUCAAAGAAAGAUGGCAAUGAAAAUGUUCACAUUGUAAUGCUACCUUUCUUAGCACAAGGUCAUCUCAUUCCAUUCCUAGCAUUAGCAAAACAAAUCCAACAAAUAACUUCUUUCAAAAUCACCAUUGUCACCACUCCCUCAAACAUUCAACACAUCAAACAUUAUUAUUAUGAUCAUAACCAUAUCCACUUUGCUGAGCUACCUUUCAAUCCUACAGAACAUGGUCUACCACCAAAUUCAGACAACACUAAGAAUCUCUCUUCUUUAGAUGCAAUGCUCAAACUAACCAUGGCAUCUUUGAGCCUUGAGGACCCCUUUCGCUCUUUGAUUUCGAAAAUCAAAGAAGAAGAGGGCCACUCUCUACUCUGCAUAAUCUCUGAUGUGUUUGUUGGUUGGGCUAACAAUGUUGCAAAGAGUUUUGGAAUCAAGAACAUAACAUUCACAACUUGUGGUGCUUAUGGAACUCUGGCUUAUAUAUCUAUCUGGUCCAAUCUUCCCCAUAUAAACUCUGAUUCGGAUGAGUUUUCGAUUCCGGGGUUCCCUCAGAACUACAAGUUCCACCGCUCUCACAUGCAUAGAACCUUGAGAGAAACUGAUGGAAGUUGUGAUUGGUCAAAAUUCAUCCUUUCCCAGGUUCAACUCUCCAUGAAAUCUGAUGGGUGGAUUUGUAACACUGCUGAGGAGAUUGAGAAUUUGGGUUUGGAACUUCUCAGAAAGUAUUUCAUUAAUCUUCCUGUAUGGAGUGUUGGUCCUCUUCUUCAACCACUUGCACUUGAAGGUAUAGGUUCUUGUUAUUUAUCGAAUUCAAUAUUCGUAUUUGUAUGUGCAGGUAAAGAGCAUGUCAAGGGUCUUGAACCCUGCAUUGAGUGGUUAGAUUUGAAGGAUGAAAGAUCUGUUCUUUACAUAUGUUUUGGAUCACAGAACACAAUCAGUGCUUCCCAAAUGAUGGCAUUGGCUGAAGGGUUGGAACAAAGUGGGAGAAGUUUUAUUUGGGUUAUAAGGCCACCAUUUGGUUUUGACAUCAAUGCAGAGUUCAAUGGUGAUGAAUGGUUACCAAAAGGGUUUGAAGAGAGAAUGAAGAACACUCAAAAGGGUUUGUUGGUGCAUCAAUGGGGACCCCAAAUGGAUAUUCUUUCACAUAAGUCAAUAGCAGCAUUUCUUAGUCACUGUGGGUGGAAUUCAGUGUUGGAGAGUCUAAGUUAUGGUGUUCCAUUUAUUGGGUGGCCAUUGGCAGCAGAACAAGUUUACAAUGCUAAGAUGUUGGAGGAAGAAUUGGGUGUUAGUGUUAUGCUUACAGCAACAGCUGAAAGUGUGAUUUCAGGGGAGGAAGUGAAGAAUGUGAUUGACAUGGUUAUGGAUCAACAAAGUGGGAAGGGAAAAGAGAUGAAGGUGAAGGCUGAAGAGAUUGCAGUUCUUAUGAGAGAAGCAACAACACAGAAUGGUGAAGUUAAAGGCUCUUCAAUCAGAGCAAUAGAUGAUUUUGUGAAAGUCAUCUUACAAAACUAA